AUGAGGCGAAGCAGGGAGGCCGAAUUGGUCAGGUACCGUUCCCAACAUGGACUUCUUGACAUUGACGGAAUGGACUCUUCAACGUUCAAACUCACGUUCCGGUUCCACAAAAAUGACUUUGAUGAUUUCUGUAGUGCCCUGCUGGUGCCGCGGGAGAUCACAUCUGCACAAAACGUGAGGUUGUGUGGCCGAGAGGCUCUGUGUAUGUUGCUGCGGAGGCUGGCGUAUCCCAACAUGUGGUGUGACUUGGAGGCGAUUUUUGGGCGACACUCCUCUGUCAUGUCAAGUGCUACGUCGCGACUCAUGGACCAUAUCUGGAGCACCUUCGGACACCUGCUGACAGACGUGAACAACCACGAGUGGAUGUCGCUUGCUUCACUGAAGGAAUUCGCCGGCGCUGUUGAAGACAAGGGCUCUCCUCUGCCCAAUUGCUGGGCCUUCAUCGAUGGGACAGCCCGUCCUAUUUGCCGGCCAAAAAGAAAUCAGAAGUUGUACUUCUCCGGCCACAAGAGGAUGCACAUGGUAAAAUACCAAUCACUGAUGUGCCCCAAUGGCAUUGUGUUCCAGCUUGAUGGACACUACCAAUUGAGCUGGCAUGAUGCAAGCUUACUAAUGUAG